GUGAUAACACACGUAGACGAACCUCAAGCAAUCACUCAAACUCAUGACUUCUCUUUAAUCCUCCUCCAAAAAAUCUCAAUUUGCAGAGAAGAAGAAGAAACAAAAACCUCCUUCAAACUCAAUUCAAAGAUCCUUCCUUUUUCACCGCUUUCUUCUUCAAAAUCUAAUUUUGAUUCUUCAGAGAGCUUCAAUGGCGGCCACAUCUUCAAACCCAUUACUACUUUCUUCAAAUUUCCUCGGUUCUCAAAUCAUAAUCUCAGCUCCAACACCAAAAACCACCACAAAGUCUCUUCCUUUCUCAGUCAUCUCUCGAAGAAGAUACCAAUCGGAGAAGCUAAUGAAAUCUUUGCCAUCGCAAGCUGCGUUAGCGGCUCUGUUGUUCUCAUCUACGUCUCCACAAGCUUUAGCAGUUAACGAACCGGUUCAGCCGCCAGCUCCGACCGUUACUGUUGAAGCUCAAUCACCAAAUCUGUCGACGUUUGGUCAAAACGUUUUGAUGACAGCACCGAAUCCACAAGCUCAGUCAUCGGAUCUUCCUGAUGGAACGCAGUGGCGAUACAGUGAGUUUCUAAAUGCGGUGAAGAAAGGUAAAGUUGAGAGAGUGAAAUUUAGUAAAGAUGGUUCUGUUCUUCAGCUAACAGCUGUUGAUAAUCGUCGUGCUACUGUUAUUGUUCCCAAUGAUCCGGAUUUGAUUGAUAUCUUGGCGAUGAAUGGUGUCGAUAUAUCGGUUUCGGAAGGAGAAUCUGGAAAUGGGUUGUUUGAUUUCAUUGGUAAUUUGCUUUUUCCGUUGCUUGCUUUUGGAGGGUUGUUUUAUCUCUUUAGGGGAGGUCAAGGAGGUGCUGGUGGUCCUGGAGGUUUAGGAGGUCCUAUGGAUUUUGGUAGGUCGAAAUCGAAGUUUCAGGAAGUGCCGGAAACUGGGGUAACGUUUGGGGAUGUUGCUGGAGCUGAUCAAGCUAAGCUUGAGUUACAAGAAGUUGUUGAUUUCUUGAAGAAUCCUGAUAAGUAUACUGCUUUAGGUGCUAAGAUUCCUAAAGGUUGUUUGUUGGUUGGUCCACCGGGUACGGGGAAGACACUUUUGGCUAGAGCUGUGGCUGGAGAAGCUGGAGUGCCGUUCUUUUCGUGUGCUGCUUCGGAGUUUGUGGAGCUUUUUGUUGGUGUGGGUGCUUCUAGAGUUAGGGAUUUGUUUGAGAAGGCGAAGUCGAAAGCUCCUUGUAUUGUGUUUAUUGAUGAGAUUGAUGCUGUGGGUAGGCAAAGAGGAGCUGGGAUGGGUGGUGGGAAUGAUGAGAGAGAACAGACGAUUAAUCAGCUUUUGACUGAGAUGGAUGGGUUUUCUGGUAAUUCCGGUGUCAUUGUGUUGGCUGCGACCAAUAGACCGGAUGUUCUUGAUUCCGCACUGUUGCGUCCUGGUAGAUUUGACAGGCAAGUCACAGUGGAUAGGCCUGAUGUAGCUGGAAGAGUCAAGAUCCUGCAGGUGCAUUCUAGAGGGAAGGCUAUUGGGAAGGAUGUGGAUUAUGAGAAAGUUGCGAGGAGAACUCCGGGUUUCACUGGUGCUGAUUUGCAGAACCUGAUGAAUGAAGCUGCGAUUCUUGCGGCUAGACGUGAGCUUAAGGAGAUAAGCAAGGAUGAAAUAUCCGAUGCUCUUGAGAGGAUCAUUGCUGGCCCUGAGAAGAAGAAUGCUGUUGUCUCUGAGGAGAAGAAAAGACUUGUUGCUUAUCAUGAGGCUGGGCAUGCUUUAGUUGGUGCACUUAUGCCGGAGUACGAUCCAGUGGCCAAGAUAUCGAUUAUUCCACGUGGUCAAGCUGGUGGGCUCACCUUUUUCGCCCCUAGCGAAGAGAGACUUGAGUCUGGAUUGUAUAGCAGAAGCUACCUUGAGAAUCAAAUGGCUGUUGCACUUGGUGGCAGGGUUGCAGAAGAGGUGAUCUUUGGAGACGAGAAUGUAACAACCGGAGCAUCAAACGAUUUCAUGCAGGUGUCACGAGUGGCUCGCCAAAUGGUUGAGAGAUUCGGGUUCAGCAAAAAGAUUGGACAAGUGGCAGUUGGUGGAGCAGGAGGAAACCCUUUCUUGGGUCAAAGUAUGUCAUCGCAGAAGGAUUACUCGAUGGCAACAGCGGAUGUGGUUGAUGCAGAAGUGAGAGAGCUCGUGGAGAAGGCGUACGUGAGGGCGAAAGAGAUCAUAACAACACAAAUUGAUAUCCUACACAAGCUUGCGCAGCUCCUAAUUGAGAAAGAAACUGUGGAUGGAGAAGAGUUCAUGAGCCUUUUCAUUGACGGACAAGCUGAGUUGUAUGUUUCUUAAGUAAAAAAGUAAAAGAUCGGUUUGUAAAAUACAUUUAGCUUCAAUCUAUACAUACUGUAUGUUAAUAAUAUACAUUGACAUGUUCAGAGACAGUUUAUUUUUCUUGUUUAA